CUUCCUGGCACCCCCUAGGGUCUAUGAGAACAGGGCUGGGCACAGAUUGAACAUUCCCUUCUAGUUCUGCUUCCGAAGGCAGCUGGGAGGGAGCCUCUCUGUUCUGGCUGGGUGGCCUUGGCAGGGUAGGUCCCACCUACCCUGCCAAGAUUAAGCUGUGAUUAAUGCUGAGAGCCUUGCCUCUGGGAUGCCGUCAGGUAGAGGCCAGAACAGGUGCUGAGAAGAUUUGAACUUUGGGAGCGGACAAGAUGUGGAUUAGAGAGAAAGAAGACCCCCUUCAAACUUCUUACUGUGUGUGUGGGAUGAAGGACAGCAGGGGCAAAGGCCAGGAGUUGGGGACGAACAGGUUUAUAGGUGGGUAGGGGAACUUGGGGGACACAAGGCAAUAGGCUCCAGCAAGGAUCUGAACUGUUUUCUAAAGCAGGAAGGGGAGGCCAUGGAAGGAAAGUAUUAGUGAGCAAGACAGCCAUGCUGCCUCCCAGCUUCUGCUCCCUGGUACCAGUACCUCGGAUGGGUGACCAAGCCACCAUUUUCUUUGUCUAUUCUGUAUGGCCCUGUGUCUCUCUGUGUCUCUGACUUUUCCUCUGUAAAAACUUGGUGAUAACUCCUACUUACUAAGACAUCUUCUGGCACAACCUGUUGUCCUCUUCCUACUACAGGGCCCAGCCAUUCCCCCUUCAGAAUGCCAGAGGGCCCAGAGCUGCACCUGGCCAGCCACUUUGUGAAUGAGACAUGUAAGGGGCUGGUAUUUGGUGGAUGUGUGGAGAAGUCCUCUGUCAGCCGAAACCCGGAGGUGCCCUUUGAGAGUAGUGCCUACCGCAUCUCAGCUUUAGCCCGAGGCAAGGAGUUGCGCCUGACACUGAGCCCCCUGCCUGGGUCCCAGCCCCCUCAGAAGCCACUGUCCCUUGUCUUCCGCUUUGGUAUGUCUGGAUCCUUCCAGCUGGUACCAGCAGAGGAACUGCCGCGCCACGCCCAUCUACGUUUUUACACGGCCCCACCUGGCCCCCGGCUUGCCCUUUGCUUCGUAGAUAUCCGCCGCUUUGGCCACUGGGACCCUGGGGGUGAAUGGCAGCCAGGACGUGGACCCUGUGUCUUGCUGGAGUAUGAACGGUUCAGAGAGAAUGUACUUCGGAACCUAUCAGACAAAGCCUUUGACCGGCCCAUCUGCGAGGCUUUGUUGGACCAGAGGUUCUUCAAUGGCAUCGGCAACUAUCUGCGGGCUGAGAUCUUGUACCGGCUGAAGAUUCCCCCUUUUGAGAAGGCCCGUACAGUUCUAGAGGCCCUGCAACAGUGCCGGCUGAGCCCAGAGCUGACCCUGAGCCAGAAGAUCAAGGCCAAACUGCAGAACCCAGACCUGCUGGAACUGUGUCAUUUGGUGCCCAAGGAAGUGGUUCAGCUGGGAGGCAAAGGCUACGGGCCAGAGCAUGGGGAGGAGGAUUUCGCUGCCUUUCGAGCCUGGCUUCGGUGCUAUGGCAUGCCAGGCAUGAGUUCUCUUCGAGACCGGCAUGGCCGUACCAUCUGGUUCCAGGGUGAUCCCGGACCCUUGGCACCCAAAGGGCGCAGAUCCCGGAAAAAGAAGUCACAGGAAACACCGAUGGGGGCUGAGGACAGAAAAGAGGAAGAAAACCCUGUAAGGACCAUCUUCUCUAUCCAGGACCUUCCCCUUUCAAGCAAGUUUGUCUCCAGGACGCAGAGGGCCAGGAAGCACCCUCCUAAGAGUAUAGCCCAACAGUCUGAAGAGGCCAGCCUCCAACAAAACCGGGAAACACCUACAGCCCCCGAGAAAGGAAAGAGAAGGGGGCGACGGGCAAGCACAGGCCGCCGCAGACCCCCGAAGAGUAAGCCUGACACCCAACCCAAGGAGGCUGGGGAGAGUUCAGCCUCAUAGAUGGUUUCCUUCCCAGUGCCUUGCUAUGUAUCUAGGGGCAUGGCCGAAUUCCUAAAAGCAGUAUUUGUAGGGCUGCAUGCCCUAGGCCCUGUGACUUUUCCUGCACAACUGUUUUCUGAGUCAGGGUCUCACAUGUCCUACCCUUGAACCCAUAUGGACUUGAAGAUGACAUUGAAUUCCUGUUUGAUUGUCCUGCCUUCAUUUCCAUGGUUGCUGGAAUUACAGGUGUGAGCUGAGCCACCACACUCCGCUAGCUGAUUUGUUGUUUUUUCAAGACAAAGGUUUCUCUGUAUAGCUCUGACUGUCCUGGAACUCAUGCUGUAGACCAGGCUGGCCUCGAACUCAGAGAUCCACCUGCUUCUGCCUCCCAAAAUGUUGGGAAAUGUAUGCCAUCUUCAACCAUUUUUUUUAAAAUCCUAAAUAAAAACCAUUGUCCAACCAGUAAA